GGUGCCACUCACCAUCGAUUCCUCCGUCAACUUACUUCCUGUAAGAUCAGCAGCAGAGCUAACUGCCCCGGCCUUGUUUUAGAAAAGUUGUCUCUGCUAGUAAGCUACCUAUGGCACGUUUCUCUUCUUUCCUCGUGAUCGCUGUGAUGGCAGCCAUGGCCUUUGUAGCCAUUGCCCGCCCCUACGAACCUUCUGGUUGGGUUACCAUUCCUAAUGUGGAGAAGGACAGCCAUGUCCAGUACUUGGGCAAGUUUGCUGUUACAAGGUAUAAUGAGCAGACUAAGGCUUACCUCGAGUUCAUUCAGGUGACAGAAGCACAAGUACUUGAUCGCGGCACGGAGCACUACACAUACAAGUUGGUGAUUCAGGUUCAUGAUGGCUACGCUGUCAAGUUUUUCAAGAGCGAAGUGUUCCAAGAUCUGUCAGCACCUGGCCAGCCCCCCGUCCUCAACUUGGGUUACUUCAUCCCCUCGUAUUAG